AUGGAUGCUAUUAGUGAUCCAGCUUUUCAAAACACACAGAUUCAUUCUUUGAAUAGUGAUGAAACACCUUCCUUAUUGACUGUGAUUAUUGAUACUUCUCCCAGAUUAUGGGCAGAGUUAGAUGGAGAUAUGAAGGAAGAUGGAUCUAUUAUCAAGGUUUUAAGAUCCAUGCUUGUAUUUUUGAAUGCUCAUUUAGCAACAAAUAAUGCUAACAAAGUUGCAGUUAUUGCUGCUCAUUCACAAGGUAUUAAAUAUUUAUAUCCUAUUAAUACUAGUCAUGCUAAUAAAAACAAGACUAAUGAAAUAAGUACAAGUAAGAAAGAUUUGGCAAUUAUUAACCCAAAUAUGUAUAGACAAUUUAGAAAUGUUGAUGAAUCUUUGGUGGAAGAGAUAUACAAGAUUUUUCAAAAAGAAAAAGCUGAAUAUUUGGAGAAACCAAAGCAAAAAAGUACACUAGCUGGGGCAAUGUCUGCUGGGUUGACAUAUAUAAAUAGAAUAGUUAAAAACGAAGAGAAUUAUACUUUGAAAUCUAGGCUUGUGGUUAUAACAUGUGGAGGAAAUGCAUAUACUGAUAAUAAAGUUGAAGAAGUAAUACAAUACAUUCCAAUUAUGAAUUGUAUUUUCUCUGCUACAAAAAUGAAAUGUCCUAUUGAUGUGGUAAAGAUAGGUGGCAGUUCAGAAUCUACUUUCUUACAACAGGCAACUGACGCAACAAGCGGUAUAUACUUAUAUGUUAAAGAUUAUCAUGGACUAAUCCAGUAUCUUUUAACUGCCAUGUUCAUUGAGCCAUCUUUGAGAUCAACCAUCGUGAAGCCAAAUAGCAAAAGUAUUGACUUUAGAACUUCAUGUUAUAUUACUGGUAAAGUUGUGGCAGUUGGGUUUAUUUGUUCUAUUUGUUUAUGUGUAAUGUCAAUCUUACCACCAAACAACAAAUGCCCAGCAUGCGAUUCAGUAUUCGAUGAGAAGGUCAUAGUCAAACUAAAAAGAAAACCAAUAAUACCUGGUAUGGUUAAGAAAGUUACCAAGAAUAAAUAA